GCUGUGCGGGUCCACUUAGGGUUUCGCACAAUGAGUGGAUAAACCAGGCUUGGUUGUCAGAAUUCACACCGCGGCAAUGAGGCUUCCAUCUGGUCAAGAACAUCGCCAAAGCAAAAGCCAACACUCAUCGACGACCAUACUAGCUGGGCGCCAAGAACGAUGGACAGCUGCCAAUGUCACGCUUUCCCAAACACGGCUUAUCAGAUGGAUCUUGUGGUACGAUAACGAUCUUUUCACGCACUAUCGACGUCCACUUGGGCCCGAUAGUGGGGACAUCAUUUGCGACAUUCCCAUUGCUCUUCUUUGCACGUGUGUUUCUUGCACCGAUGUCGGCCCUCAAUGAUGCCAUUGCACAGGCGCAAAGCUUAGCAGUUGCAUGAACCUUCAUAAGUUCUUCACUUGUCCUACAGCUCCUUCCUUGAUCGGCUAUCUAAUCAGAUCCGCAUCAGUUACACACCCCUCGUGCAUGUUUUGUUCGCUUUACUCACUAUGUCUCUUGCUACCUGGGUUCGGCGUAAUAACCGUGGACUGAUAGAUCCGGAGGAGAAGCGAUCUGGUUCUGGCGAAGCCUCUGAUAACCAUGAGCUCGACCACACGACUGACAAAGAUCCCGUUGAUGUGAGCAACAAUUACCUCAACACCAGUGAUGGUGACAGCAUUCCUUCGUCCGCUCAGGAUGGAGUCAAGAAGGCGCAAGCGACGACCAUUGUCUGGUCUCGCAAGUCUCUAUUCAUCGCAUACGGCUUGAUCUUCCUUAUCUUCUUCGUCAACUCGCUGCAACAACAGACGUCCAAUAACUUGUCAGUCUACGUGACUAGUAGUUUCGCCUUGCAAGGGUUGACGGCAACAACGGGAGUCGUCUCGACUCUUGUUGCGGGUGUCAUCAAACUGCCUGUGGGCAAGCUGAUGGAUGUCUGGGGACGACCGCAAGGUUUCCUCCUGAUGCUGUUUUGUGCAGUGAUUGGCCUCAUCUUGAUGGCGGCAUGCAAGAACGUCGAGACAUACGCGGCGGCACAGGUCUUCUACUGGGUCGGCUUCAACGGAAUCGCCUACGUGCUCGACGUUUUCAUCGCAGACACGUCGUCCCUGGAAUGGCGAGCGCUCAUGUUCGCCUUCUCCACCAGUCCGUACAUUGCCACUACAUUCGCAGGUCCGGCGGCAGCGCAGAGCUUCCUCCAAACCAGCGGUUGGAGAUGGGCGUUCGGUACUUAUGCGAUCGUUACGCCUAUCAUCUGCAUCCCUUACCUGAGCGUGUUCUGGUACAACCAACGCCUAGCAAGGAAGCAGGGUAUCCUGGUGGAAAGGCGUGAGGCAAGUGGCCGUACAUGGUCGCAGUCUGUGCGUCACUACCUGAUCGAGUUCGACGUCAUCGGUAUGAUCCUCAUCAUUGCCGGCUUCGCACUUCUCCUGCUGCCCUUUAGCUUGGCCACGUACUCCCCGCAGAAAUGGCGCUCAGGCUCCAUCAUCGCCAUGUUGGUCAUCGGAGUCUGCUGCCUCAUUGCUUUCGCGAUCUACGAACGCUUCUUCGCCAGGAAGUCCUUCUUACCCUUCCACCUCCUCGUUGAUCGUACCGUCCUCGGAUCCUGUCUAUGCGCCGGCACGCUGUGGAUCAGCUUUUACUGCUGGGACGCCUACUUCUACUCGUACCUGCAAGUGGUGCACAAUCUCAGCAUAAAGGAUGCUGGCUACGUCGCCAACAUCUACAGCAUCGGCUCCUGCUUCUGGGCGAUCGUUGUUGGUCUGCUGGUCAAGUACACUAACAGUUUCAAAUGGCUGGCUUUGACUGCAGUACCUUUGCAGAUGCUGGGCACUGGCCUCAUGAUCUACUUCCGCCAACCACGAUGGGGCAUUGGCUACGUGAUCAUGUGCCAGAUCUUCAUUGCGUUCAGUGGCGGCACUCUCGUCGUGCUGGAAGAGUUGGCCAUCAUGGCCGCCGUCGGUCCGGCCAACGUUGCCGUCGGUCUCGCUGUUCAGGCUCUCUUCACUUCCGUCGGCGGUGCAAUCGGCUCGAGCAUCAGUGGUGCCAUCUGGACGAACACCUUCCCGGGUUUGUUGGAGUACUACCUACCGCCCGCCUCGAAGGGUCAGGCCACAGCGAUCUAUGCGAGCAUCGUCACGCAGUUGAGCUAUGCAGUUGGCACUCCGGAGCGGACGGCGAUCAUUCAGGCAUAUGCGGAGACGCAGCGGUACAUGUGCAUUGCCGCGACCGCGGUGCUAGUGUUCGCCUUCUUCUGCGUGCUGGCAUGGCGCGAUAUCAAGGUUAAGGACUUCAAGAAGCCGGCUGGCGCUACGAUAGUUUGAUGGCAGAGUUUGCAACGGGUAAGUUCGCUUACUGCUGAAGACCGAGGGUUGCAGAAACGGUACGGGAAGAAGGCCGGCAAUCA